AACUACCCUUUUCCAUUUUAAACCCAGGUCCCCUUCCGUUCCCCCAAGUCCCUCCGUCGUGUUACGUUGCAGAGCUCUCUCUCGUCUCUCUUUUUAUCUCUCUAGAACAGUAUAUAUCUCUAAGAUUCGUCAAUUCCAAUCCCACCGACCUCAACCAUGACUCUGAUGACUCCUCCACCAUUAGAUCAAGAGGACGAUGAGAUGCUCGUGCCGCAUUCGGAUUUUGUCGCUGAAGGCCCCCAACCCAUGGAAGUUACACCAGCAGAAACUGCUAAUACAGUAGAUGCUCAGUCAGUUGAUGAUCCACCAUCAGCGCGGUUCACAUGGACAAUUGAUAACUUUUCAAGGAUGAAUACUAAGAAGCUCUACUCCGAAACUUUUUAUGUAGGAGGAUACAAAUGGCGAGUGCUUAUAUUCCCGAAGGGGAACAAUGUGGACCAUUUGUCAAUGUAUUUGGAUGUUGCGGAUUCUGCAGCUUUGCCAUACGGGUGGAGUAGAUACGCCCAAUUCAGCUUAGCUGUGGUCAAUCAAAUCCAUAACAAGUUCACGGUGAGGAAAGACACCCAACACCAGUUCAAUGCACGAGAAAGUGAUUGGGGUUUCACUUCAUUCAUGCCUCUUAGUGAACUAUAUGAUCCUGGUAGAGGCUAUCUUCUGAAUGAUACUUGCAUUGUUGAAGCUGAUGUUACUGUCCGUAGAGUUGUUGAUUACUGGUCACAUGACUCAAAAAAGGAGACCGGCUACGUUGGACUUAAAAACCAAGGAGCUACUUGUUACAUGAACUCUCUACUCCAGACACUGUACCAUAUUCCUUAUUUCAGAAAGGCUGUGUAUCAUAUGCCGACAACUGAGAAUGAUAUGCCAUCAGGGAGCAUCCCUCUGGCGUUACAGAGUUUAUUCUAUAAGCUCCAGUAUAGUGACACGAGUGUAUCAACUAAAGAGUUGACAAAGUCAUUUGGAUGGGACACGUAUGAUUCUUUCAUGCAGCAUGAUGUUCAAGAACUAAAUAGGGUUCUUUGUGAAAAGCUUGAAGAUAAAAUGAAGGGUACUGUUGUGGAGGGUACAAUACAACAGUUAUUUGAAGGACACCAUAUGAACUAUAUUGAAUGCAUCAAUGUGGACUACAAAUCGACAAGAAAGGAGUCAUUUUAUGAUCUUCAGCUUGAUGUGAAAGGCUGUAGGGAUAUUUAUGCUUCUUUUGACAAGUAUGUUGAGGUGGAACGUCUUGAAGGUGAUAACAAAUAUCAUGCUGAACAACAUGGAUUACAGGAUGCCAGGAAAGGUGUUCUUUUCAUUGAUUUCCCCCCUGUCCUUCAACUUCAGUUAAAGCGGUUUGAAUAUGAUUUUAUGCGGGAUGCGAUGGUAAAGAUAAAUGACCGCUAUGAGUUCCCCUUGCAACUUGAUCUUGAUAGAGAGAACGGCAAAUAUCUAUCACCCGAUGCAGACCGGAGUGUCCGCAAUUUGUAUACUCUCCACAGUGUUUUGGUUCACAGUGGUGGUGUGCAUGGUGGACAUUAUUAUGCUUAUAUAAGACCAACGCUUUCUGAUCAGUGGUUUAAAUUCGAUGAUGAACGGGUAACAAAAGAAGACAUCAAGAGGGCAUUGGAGGAGCAGUAUGGUGGUGAGGAAGAGGUAACAAUUUUCAACAUUUAUUUUUUGAAGUUCCCUGCUUUGUGUAAUCCUAAUCCUACUUCUUUGAUACUAAUGUCUUUUCUUUUCAAUUUUUAUAUUCAACAGUUACCACAGACGAACCCUGGGUUCAACAACUCUCCAUUUAAAUUUACAAAAUAUUCAAAUGCAUACAUGCUUGUGUAUAUACGUGAAAGUGACAAGGAGAAAAUAAUAUGUAAUGUAGAUGAAAAGGACAUAGCUGAGCACCUUAGGACAAGGUUGAAGAAAGAACAAGAAGAAAAGGAGCAAAAGAGAAAGGAAAAAGCAGAGGCGCACCUUUACACUAUUAUAAAGGUUGCUCGUGAUGAGGAUCUUCUUGAGCAGAUUGGUAGAGAUAUAUACUUUGAUCUUGUGGAUCAUGAUAAAGUCCGCAGUUUCCGAAUUCAAAAACAGAUGCCUUUUAACCUUUUCAAGGAGGAAGUUGCCAAAGAAUUUGGUAUACCAGUGCAGUUUCAACGUUUCUGGUUGUGGGCAAAGCGGCAAAACCAUACAUACCGUCCAAAUCGACCAUUGACGCCUCAGGAGGAAGCUCAUUCUGUGGGACAAUUGAGAGAAGUAUCCAAUAAGGCAAACAAUGCAGAGCUAAAAUUGUUUUUGGAAGUAGAACUUGGGCAGGAUUUGCGGCCAGUUCCUCCACCUGAGAAGACUAAAGAAGAGAUUCUUCUCUUCUUCAAACUUUAUGACCCUUUGAAAGAGGAGCUCCGGUAUGUGGGGCGUCUUUUUGUGAAGGGUACUGGCAAGCCAUUAGAAAUAUUAACAAAGCUGAAUGAACUGGCUGGCUUUGAACCUAAUGAAGAAAUUGAUCUCUUCGAGGAAAUAAAGUUUGAGCCUAAUGUCAUGUGUGAACACAUAGAUAAAAAGGUACCUUUUCGUGCUAGCCAGCUUGAAGAUGGGGACAUCAUUUGCUUUCAGAAAUCCCUUCAAGUUGAAAUUAGUGAAAAGUGCCGUUAUCCUGAUGUUCCUUCGUUUCUGGAAUAUGUGCAUAAUCGUCAGGUUGUCCGUUUCCGUUCUCUGGAGAAACCCAAGGAAGAUGAAUUCCAUCUUGAGUUGUCAAAACUUCACAAUUAUGAUGAUGUCGUGGAAAGAGUAGCUCACAAUCAUGGCGUGGAUGAUCCAUCUAAAAUCAGACUUACAUCUCAUAACUGCUACUCCCAGCAACCUAAACCCCAACCAAUCAAAUACCGAGGGGCGGAACAUCUGUCAGACAUGCUGGUCCACUACAAUCAGACUUCAGAUAUUCUGUAUUAUGAAGUGCUGGAUAUUCCUCUGCCAGAACUGCAAGGCUUGAAAACUCUGAAAGUUGCUUUUCAUCAUGCUACCAAGGAUGAAGUAGUAAUUCAUACAAUUAGAUUGCCUAAACAAAGCACUGUAGGGGAUGUUAUUAAUGACCUCAAGACAAAGGUUGAGUUGUCUCAUCCAAGUGUUGAACUUAGAUUGCUUGAAGUCUUCUAUCACAAAAUCUACAAGAUUUUCCCGCUUAAUGAGAAGAUCGAGAACAUUAAUGAUCAAUACUGGACUUUACGUGCUGAGGAGAUCCCAGAAGAGGAGAAAAACCUUAGCCCUCAUGAUCGGUUGAUUCAUGUUUAUCACUUUAUGAAAGACACAGCUCAGAACCAGGUGCAGGUCCAGAAUUUUGGGGAACCCUUUUUUUUGGUCAUUCAUGAGGGCGAGACAUUAGCAGAUGUUAAAAUGCGUAUACAGAAGAAAUUGCAGGUUCCAGAUGAGGAGUUCUCGAAGUGGAAAUUUGCAUUUUUGUCUUUGGGUCGUCCUGAAUACCUUCAGGACUCUGACAUAGUGUCCAGUCGUUUUCAGAGAAGAGAUGUUUAUGGUGCGUGGGAGCAGUACCUUGGAUUGGAGCACUCUGACAAUGCUCCUAAAAGGUCUUAUGCAGCCAAUCAGAAUCGACACACACUUGAGAAGCCCGUUAGGAUCUACAAUUAGGAGAAAUCAGUUGAAUCUCUGCCAAUGCGUUGUCAGAAUCUGUUUUUCCUUAAAUGGCAUGUGCGGAUCCAAGAAGAAGGCAAGCACGGGAUAAAAGGAAAAUAGCAGUGAGACGGUGUAUUCUAAUGUACACAGACGUCCAAUUCUUUAUCGGGUUUGACGGAUCAUAUGCAGUGUAUCUUCCAUGAUUUCAAUAUACCUCUCUCUCUUUCUCUCUCUCUCCUGAAAGCACCCGUUACCUGGGGUGAGGUAGGUAGGUGAUAUUCCUGUCUUCAAUUUUAUUGUAAUUUAGGAAUAUAUGAGAUUUUGGGGUGGGGAUUGUAUAGAUAGCGUAUAGGUGUGUGUUAACAAAUUUUUUUUUUUCCUUGUCCGAUCCUCCCUUUGUGGUUUAUUAGGCGUUUUCGGAGAAUGCGAGGUCUGUAUAACGUUUGAUUUAGUUCUCUAUAUGGGCUUUCUUGUAUCUGUGCAAGAGAGAUGACUAUUUUCAGUCAAGUCUCAAUUGGUCUUUGUCCUCAAUGUUGUUUAUUGAAGACAUUGGUCUUGUUUCCAUAUCAUUCCAAGCAGCAAUUUCUGAAUUUGAUUAGACAGCAGUUUUUGCUUUUUGUAUUUUUUUCUUCGCAAUAGUGAUAUACACUGUGGUCUCGACCGGCAUUGUAUUUGCUA